AUGACAUUGAAAACCAUAUAUAUUGCCAGACAUGGGUACAGAGCCAACUGGUUACCUCCUCCACAUCCGCCAAAUCCUACUGGUAUCGACAGUGAUCCGCCAUUGGCACCACACGGAAUUGACCAAGCCAAACAAUUAGCAGGAUACCUUAACUCGUUACCUGUUAACGAACAACCCCAGUUUAUAUUAUCGUCUCCAUUCUACAGAUGUGUGCAAACUAGUGAACCUAUUUGUGAAAUGCUUUCGGUGCCUUUGGUAUUAGAGCGUGGCGUUGGUGAAUGGUAUAAGAAAAACCGUGGCAUUGUUCCUGAACCAGCUAAUUACGACGUGUUGAAACCAUUCUUUCCUUGUUUAAAGGAUUCAAAUGAGUGGGAUAGGGACUCAACUGUCGGGAUAAUUCCUUCUUUAGACGGGGAAUCUGAAGAUGAUAUUUUUGCCAGAAGUGUGCAAUUUUGGAAAGCGUUCAUACCUGUUUUUGAAGAAAAGUAUCCAGAGAUCACCACUAUAUUGAUUGUCACACAUGCUGCUACUAAGAUUGCUCUCGGUAUGUCGUUGCUUAAGUUCAACAACGUGUAUGAAACAAUCGAUAACGAUAACACAGUAUUGAGAGCUGGUGCGUGUUCUUUAGAUAAGUACGAGCGUGAUACUAAGGAUUGGUCUAUCAAAAUGAACGGGAAUUGUGAAUUUUUAUUAGACGGCGAAGAAAUGAACUGGAACUUCCACUCAGCAUUUGAAGCUGGUUCCGAUGAAGAUAUCAAAGCAAGACAAGAGGAAGCAAAAAGAAAAGCACAAGCCAACAACGCCAAAGAACAAUUUGACAGAGAGCCCACUCCAGUAACAGAAAUUGCGUCUGGAUCCGAACCCUUGGCCAAUGAAGAAUACGAGGUACGUUCAUAG